CGCUUCUACCGGCGCUGUUGGCUUGUUGAAUGACUGGCUGGUUGUGUUCACAGUGCGGUCCCUUCACCACGUUCAUUCAAAACACGAGCCUUUUUUCGUUUACUUCAUUUCCGUUUUUCGUCCCCCGAACUUUUCUGCAAACCUAUUGCUGAACGUUUCAUAGAUCAUAAGAGUGUUACGGCAGUCGUGGCGGACAAAUCCGGACCUUUAUUCAACCAGAGCACACCUUCACCGCUCUUGGAUGUCCCUGGGAUAUCAGUGUGUUUAUACGGUCCGUGAUUUUGAUGUGGUGAUCCUAUACCAGAUAUUGUUAUCGGCUCAUCCUGCCUUGCUGCACCACCCAAACCACCACCAGCGCCACAUCCAACAACACGACAAACACGCGGCGCCGUCGCAGUCGGCGGCGCUGCAUUUUUGGCACCAGAACACGCCGCCGCAGGUCCAAGCAAAAAAUAGUUCCACUCUAAGUGGCCAGAAGCGGCGAGUGAGAGUGAGCGAGUGUGAUUGCGUCCGCCUCCGGGACGAUUUGCGAGGGUGCCAAGCCUCGUCCACGGGCAGGAUGUGGAACCAUUGUCGAUUCCAACAACGAGGAUGGGACCUCAUCGGACGCCCCAGAUCAGCAGGAAUUGUUGGAGUGGCUUGAGGGAGAGCCUCUCCACUUUCUGGACAAUUGUUGCUUUGCAAUCCAAGUAGUGAUGUCGAAAUAAUAACAGGUGGUUCAAAGAGAAAAAAAAAUAUUGUGAUAAAACUUCACCGAAGGUUGGAACUUUUCUUCACCAAUCCUUAUACUACAGACGUUGUAACCUCAUGGAGAUAGUAUUGUAACCUACUUACACUUGACGACGAUUUGCUCAUAACCACCCUUCCCUACAGCAAUACCCUGUUUCAAAGAAUUUGCUCAGAAAUAUCAACGAAUCAUCAAAUGCCACUUGAACUUGACCCCAUUACCAACUACCCGUCGAUGGCUGUUAUUCAGUAUCUCAAGUCUUGAGUGAAAUGAUCAAGUUGAAAGCAAAGGUCCACAUCAAGUGAUCUUUAAUCGGCUAGUCACUCGACUUUUGACGCUGGAGAGAAAUAACACACCAAUUCAACAACAUCAGGACAGUUUCAAGAGAGACAGACCUCUCUACAACACGACAAACUGUUCCCCAACCAGAUCGGGUAAGCCCUCAGUUUUGGAUGAAGAAAACUUGAAACCUCGACGUCUCCCUUUGGACUUGAAAAGAACCCGCCUGUUCCUCAGUAAGUCAUGCCACGUUGCUUCUUAGCCAAGAAGUCCCCUGUUACAUCCAGUGUUGCAAACAGUGGAACUUCAAACCGAUGGUCAGAAGAUGACCAGUGCUCUCCGUCGGUGGUUCCCGCCAUCAACCGAUCCACAGUUGGUUCCAUCACUGCUGCCCAAGCCGUGUGUUCCAUUCAGCAACCGCUGCCACUCUCACCACCAGGGGACCAAUGGCCAACCGGAGGUUCCGAGAUGACUCUCAUCUCCCAGCAACCUGUUUCAAAAUGUCGGUCCAAAUCCAUAAUAGGAAUGACUGACAGCUUAGGAAGUGGUGAGGCUUCCCAAGGGACUCCAUUGGUGAUGGUCAAGCAAGAGGUGGAGGAACCCGAGACCGAAUACAACCACGAUGACGACGAUGACGACGAUGACCGAGAAGCACCAAGCGGCGUCAACAUCAACAACUACAACAACAACAACAACAACAAUUACAAACAAGAACCGGGUUUGUGUGAAGUGCGCUGUGAUGAUCAGGACGAUGUCGAAGAGGAAAAGGUCCAAGUGGACUACUCGUCCUGCCGUCGUGUUGAAAGUACCAAUGGCAUCUCCAGGGGCUUACGUGUGACACCCAGAGAACCAGUGGCAAUGCCACCAUUGCCGUCGCCUUGUCUGGGAGCAACGCCACCGGGUCAGCAACUUCUGAUUCAUUCAUUACCACAACAACCUGAUCCCACUUGCCAGACCAGCUUGCCUUCCCAUGUAUUGGGUCUUCCACCUCCCUUGGCCAGGGUCCGGACCAAAGAGGAAACGGACGCGGCCCAUGACCUCCUUGAGCUGUCCCGAUCCUUACCACGACGCGGGACUCAACCCCCCGUGACCAUUAAUUCCACCUACCCACCCACACCUCCCACACCGGAUGCACCCCCUCCUAUGGGUUUGGGCAAUGGGUGUGUGGGAUCCGACAACAAGUUCACAACCCUGAUCUACAUCACGCCUCAACCUCAAUGCUCGCCAAUCACGGAGUUCCCCUUGACCCCCCCCUCGGAAUCGAAUCCCUCGCCGGCUCCACCCGAAUUGGCACCCUCACAAUUGGUCAUCGCGGAUGGCCGAGCCAAGAAGAACAAGGAGGGUAAAGAGCGGUCCAAGUAUACUUGUUCGGAGUGUGGCAAGAAUUACGCCACGAGUUCAAAUCUGUCCCGCCAUAAGCAGACUCACCGGAGUCUGGACUCGGGUAAUGCGAAGAAAUGUCCGGUAUGUGGGAAGAUGUACGUGUCCAUGCCUGCCCUUUCAAUGCACAUUCUCACUCACAACCUGAAUCACAAGUGCCACGUUUGCGGGAAGGCUUUUUCAAGGCCCUGGUUGCUCCAAGGCCACCUCCGAUCCCACACCGGACAGAAGCCGUACUCUUGUACUGUGUGUCGAAAGAGCUUUGCCGACCGAUCCAAUCUGAGAGCUCACAUGCAGACCCAUUCUCCUUCAAAGAACUUCCAAUGUUCGCGCUGUCAUAAGACAUUUGCCCUCAAGUCCUACCUGAACAAGCAUUACGAGUCGUCAUGCGUGAAAUCUGCCUCAUCGAUAUCCUCACCCACCUCGUCAGUGGAAUCUCGAGCCACUCCUUCACCCCAUCGAACCAACUCUUAUAUGAAUGUGAUGGUGGCGUGAACGACCUCUCCAUUUCGAGGAGGCCAGGUACUACUGCUACCACCACCACCCACACCAACACCACCAUCACCACUACGCACUACUUCUAUCGGUCGGUAUAGCCAGGAGUCAUCAUCCGUCAAAGGAGAUAUUUCUGAAAUUUGCUUCAAGUCUUUCCGUCAGCUUGGAUAUAAAUCAUCGUCAAACCAAACUGAAGCCCUCACCAGCUGCUCGCCCUAAAAGGGACUUGGUUCCUGUUGAGGAGGUGGUUGGAAAUCCGACAACAACCUCCGUGACGAGAGUCAAGGACAUGGGAGACGCACGUUGCUGCUCGAAUGGUUGGUGGUUGAAGGCGACGAAGACGACGAGGACGGCAUUGAGGACGAUAUUGAGGAAGAAGCCAAAUAAUACUCUCGGAGAGCCAACGAGAGUAGACACAAAAAGGCAACCACGACAUGCUUUCCGGCGGCUUUUGCUUCUCACUUCUCGUUUUUCGCUUUCUACCGAUUCGUUUUCCUCCUCUUCACCUCGUUCAACGACAGCAGCCACGAAAAGGACUUCUUCCUUCCACGGGCACUGUAUUCCAGUUCUCCAAGUUUUGCAAUUAGUGUGUAGAGCCAGGCAUGAUUUGAUUGAUAGUUCUAUUGAUCCCGGGACGAGCGACAACCCUGCCGUACAACGAAGUGCAUAAUAUACGGAGCCAGCCACUAGGUUGGAUGGAGGCAAUGACUGGGGGG